AUGGCCGCUGUAGCUAUUCAACCCUCAAUCUCUGCUGUAGGCUUAGGGCCGACAAAAGCCGCUCAAGUCCAGGCAGUUCAAAGUCUCACUUUGCAGAAUACUGCAAAAAAAGACGUUUAUGCGGAUCUACACUAUUACAAGGAGAAUGAAGACGGUUCCCCUCCCCACCCGACAUACAUUGACCGGCCAGAAACGUAUGACCGACCCUUCGAGACGCACAACGUGAAGAUCCAAGACGUGACUGGGGAAGAAGAUAAAUUCUCGCUUGACCAGAACGGCUUUCAGAUUUAUCGUCAUCAAUCUUCGGAAAGAGAUUUUCUUGACGAAUCAUCAAUCAAGUCGGGCUAUUACUUGGAAACAGAAGAAUUGUUGAAAAAAGUUACCGGUGCUAGCCGUGUCUUUAUCUUUGAUCACACCAUUCGACGUCAACUGCCCAGCCUUUCAACUCAAAAUCGAAAUCUCCGCGGUCCGGUUCAGAGGGUUCACAUUGACCAAUCGUACAAAGCUGCCCUUUCACGUGUUCCUCAUCACCUGCCAGAGGAUGCCGAUGUGCUGCUGAAGGGACGCGUGCAGAUCAUCAAUGUCUGGCGUCCCAUUAAGACUGUUCAACGAGACCCACUCGCCAUUGCGGAUGCAGGUUCCGUUUCCGACUCAGAUUUGAUUGUGACUGAGCUGAUUUACCCGGACCGACGUGGGGAAACGUACCAGGUCAGGCACAAAGAGGAUCACCAAUGGUAUUACAAGGCUGGUCUUACGCCUGAGGAGGUUAUUCUUAUCAAAUGCUUCGAUAGCAAGACAGAUGGGCGAGCGCGCAGGGUUCCACACUCUGCGUUUGUUGAUCCAACUGCCAGCAAAGACUCCCCACCGAGGGAGAGCAUCGAAGUCCGAGCCCUUGUAUUCCACCCUGAGGAUCAUGAGUAG